AUGCUUGUUCGCGAGCAUGGUCAUCGCCCGAUUCGACCCCGAGACUAUGAGGAGGCCUUGCAGAAUUUCAUUCAACAAGCCAUUGAGGCCUAUCAAUCGAAUCAGCUUUUUGGAUCGGCUGAAGAGAAGAGCAAACAUUUUGAUGACUUCCGAAAGCUGCUUGAGGAAAGAUGCCAGGAAAAGAUCUCGAGCAACAAGGAUCGUUAUAGGGACAUUCAAAUGGCCGAAGCGGUCAAUGGAGCUUACGAAGUGUACGAGAAAGGAAUGAGGCCUGAUUUUGUCGAGAGUUUGGAGAAGAACAAGAAAGCUGAGUUUGUGAGAGACCGCCACAAGAAAGCUUUCCCCGAAGCGAUGACGCAUUUUGAAAAUGUUGUCCAAGACUUUCUUGAUGAGCCCGAUCUGAUCGAGUACAAGCGCAACUUGCUCAACGAGAUGAUUCAGGCUCGAUAUGAGGACUUACAACAAGACAACGCCAUUCAGCACCUUCACCAACAGGCUGAAUUCGUUGCCGAUGUGGCGAUCGCUUUGCCCAAGAUCUCGCCCGAUAUGGUCGAGCAUCUGUUAGACAACUACAGGGACAGUCAAUUGGCACAAUUCAAGAAAUGCGAGGACAGCUUCGAGAUGGAGGUUCGCCACAAUUUGAAAGUCGGCGCGCUCAACAAACAAAUGGAGGAUCUCCAUUUUAAACAAGCUGAAGACAAGAAAAGAUUGGAAUCGCUUGAAGAGGAAACGAAUACUCAAAUCGGAGAGAUGAACGAGCAAUUGGUGGAAGAGCGUCGACUCCGUGUCGAGGCCGAGAGUGGCGGCUCAAACAUGCAGGGAUUAUUGGCGAUGAUGAAAGCGAUGAACGAGAAUUCACAAGCCCAAAUGGAGCAAAUGCGGCAUGAAAGGGCCGAGCGAAUCGCUCGCGAGGAAAGAGAUCGCCAAGAAAGGGAGAGACGAUACGAAAUAGACAUGGAAAUGAUGAGAAUGGAACAACAAGAGCGCGCUCGUCGCGACGAAGUUCGAGACCAGGAGAGACGCGAUGACACGAGGAUGCAACAAGAGGCGAUGGAACGCCAGCGACAGGCGCACGAGGCCGAAAUGGCCGAGAUCCGUAACCGACCUCCGCCACCACCACCCAAGCUUUGCUCAAUUAUGGAUCACGGGAAAGAGCUCGACUACCAGGUAGUUCAACGGCAAUUCGCACAUCAACAAUGGCAGGACUUCGAAAAAGUCACCAAUUUGAAUCGUGCCACUUUGGAGAUUCUGAUCGAGAACUCGAACUCGAGACGAACGUUUUUCCUUCAAACUUUGGUGAAAAAUGGUUACGAUCAAGAAUUGAAGAAUGUGCUCAAUUGGAGUCUCGCAAAAGAGUGGAUGAUGUUCUUCGAGAAAGUGCCGAGGAACGAUUUGUGUUUCGAGGAGAUGCAAGAUUUCGCCUACAAAGUCGCCCAUCGGUUGUCGAUUCAAUUCCCUCCGUCAUUGAUGCAAUAUUUGGAUGAGAAUUUUCAAAGAUCUGUGCGUCAUCAUCAGAAUGUCUCCUUUCAACAUGGCCCACUUGGGCAUCAAGGUCAAAACCCAGCUCAACAUCAGCAUCAGAAAUCCACUUAUGUU